GAUGCACUGGAGUCAGUAGACAUAUCCCAGUUUGAAGUGCCAAGGCUGCCAGUCAAUGACUCUCACUGUGAGAUUAAUGACAUGCUGCUGGAUCUCAAGUCAUCAGAUCACUUGGUGUUGCCUACUCAGAUGGAAUGGACCUACCCCUCACUCCCUCUCCCAAGCCCAACCUGACCCAGCUCUGUCUGGCCUCCUCACAACUCCCAGCUGAGCAGAUCUCUCCACUCUAUAGAUAUUAUUUUGUGUCUGAGAAAAAUCAGGAGGAGAUGGAAGAGGCACUUUGGAGGGCAGAGAAGCACCUUGACAUGGUAGUGGGCUUUCUUUUGGCAGAGCCUCAGAAGUCAGAAUCCGUUGUGCAGCUCCAGCCUUUGACCGAAGUCUUAUUAGGGAUUGGUCGGGACAACUCUGUGAGACUCGAUGAAGGAAAGGAACUAUCACUUCUGGGAAAAAACUCACCAGAACUUAUAGGGAUGUAUGGGAAUGGUUCCUCUGACUUCACUGAGAGUAUGAUGAUCUCAGACCAACCCCACCUUAUGGAGACAUUGAGCAGUAUCAUAGAGGACUUCACACUACUAUCACCCUGCCAGAUGGACAAUAUAUUGAGGGAAUCUGUAGAUGACUCUGAGUUGUCAGGCCCACCAAGUGAGAUCAAAGGCAGGUCUAUCCUGAAGAAUGCAACGCCCAUGGUUGUGUCGUAUCAUCAGGAGAGAGAGGGAGCUGGGAACACAGUCGUUUCAGCACCAGUUGUUGCCACUUCCCAGGAGAGAGAGAGGACCGGGAAUGUGGCCCUCACAGCCCAAGCAUCUACUUCUUCCCAAGAGAAAGAGAGAUCUGGGACUGUGGUCUUUUCAAAGCAGGCUGUUUCAACUUCUCGUGAGAAAGAGAGAGCUGGGAGUGUGGCCAUCUCAGCAGCACAGGCUACCACCACUACUUACCUGGAGAAGUUAAACCAUGCCGUUAGACCUCAGAAGAAGGAGGGUUUACCUGACCAGAGAGCUAAUGUAUCCAAACUCCCAACCCCUAGACCCAGUGUGAGAGACCGUCACAUGAGUCUCCCAGUGGCUAAACCUCAGAAGGACUUAGACCCUCUGUCCACUUUCAUGAUGUUAAGGGCCCAACAGAGAACCUACGUCUCGGUGUCGACUCAGAACCAUACAAGCACCCCAGUGGCACAGGUGGAGCAGCAGACACCACAACCACCUACGACAGAAAUGAGGCCUGGCUUCGAUGUAAAGCCUGUUGCCUAUGCAGUCACAGGAAAUGACAUCAGAGACCCUGAGGAAAUCAUUCAGCCUGUCCUUGAGGACAGACAUAACAGCAAAGUCAUACACGUCCAAGCCACAGAGAGUCAGUUCUGGGCAUACAGAGAGCUGCAGGCGUUUGCUCUGCCCUGCCUGUCCAGAGCCAGGGAGUUGGGACUGACCAACACAGCCUGUGGAGACUACAGCACCCUGUACCCGGACCACACACGUUUCCUACUGAAACAGCAGGAGAAGGAGCUCAGCAUUCGACAGGGCCAGGACCCAGAGGCUUUGUUUAACAAUGUGGCACUGAUACAUGUCCUUGUGACAGUGAAGGACCUGCUCUUCAAGUGUGACCUCAGCACUGCAGUGGAGUACCUAUCCAAGGCCACAGAGGCCUGCGCGGGGCAGAGUCUGGACAAGCUGGUGAGAAAGCUGGAGAUUGUUCUAUAUCUCAGUCAGAAAAAACAAGAGGCCAACCCUAAGAUACUGGAACUGCAGGAACAGCUGACCACAUGGGUGCAGAGCAAGAGCAAAGGGGUCCAAAACUCCAAUGUUCUGGUGAUAAUAACAAUGGACUUGGACUGUGCCAGAGCAAUGCUCAUUAAAGCCCUGAGCCAAGUCACAGGUGAUAAUGUAGCUGCAGUGUAUCCUGAGGAGAGUCGAAGUAAGCUGGAGGGUUCGAAAGUUCUAGAUAGCCUGCAGCAUAGCUGCUGUGUGGUGGUGUGUAGUCAGCACAUGGGAGCAGACUUCCCCUGGGACUGUUUCUCCCUGGUGGUGGAGUACAGCAACACAGAACACUCGCCCUGGGCUGCCAUCUGCACAGAGAGGAACAUCACACACAUCACCUUCCAGACCAGGAUACCUAAUUCCUCUGUGAGUGACCCUGAGUCUUGGUCCCUGGAGCAGAGUGUCCCCUUCGUGUUGUUUGUGACCGAGGGUCUGCUCAGCUGUCCUCUGUUGCUUCAGAUACUGGAAUCAACGUGUAAUAUGACUGUAUUGGAGAGGAGCCAUUCUCAGUCCUUGCAGAUGCUUGGAGGGACUCACCACUAUGCUGUGAUUACAGUAGACGAAAGCACUGCAGUCAUCAUUCAAGAGCAGGAGGAGCUGUGUCAGGAGCGGGCCUGUGAGAGUCUAGUGAUUCGACUGACUGCUCUGUCUCUGCAGUACAGCUGCUGCUGGCUCAUCCUUCACUGCCAGCAGGACUCUGGGUUGACCAGUGAGGGCUUCAACAACCUGGUAUUGGUCUACUCCUCUCUGGUGCUGUUUGGCCUCAAGACUGAGGACCUGGAUGUCAAGGUGCUGAUUGUAUCAGAAGUGGUGGACAUUGCCAAAUGGAUCUGCCAGAUAGCCUUCCAUACACUGCUGUCCAGUGACAGAGAUCCUCUCAGCUACCUGGACAGAGAGUGGCUUUCUGUGAUUUCCUCAAAGGAGGAGAGGUGCCUCUUAGGUUUCCCCUGUGUGAACCCUUUGGUGGCCCAGCUGAUGUUGAGUAGGGGCCCCUCUCUCCACUGGCUCCUGGGGGCCUCCCUCUCCCAGCUGAAGGAGCUGCUCCCUGAGGUCCCUCACAAAGUUGUCAAGCUCUUCAGUGACACCACGUCUCUGUACAAGCUGACUGCGGCUGCCUCCUCCACAGAGUCUCACACUGACUUCACCCAUCAGAAAGACCACAAUAGCCCCACUGAGCCUUGGGCCACAAGCAGAGACAAUCAAUACACACACACCGACACUCAUACAAGCCGCAAUUCACACGCCGACUGCAACCGUCACAUACACCGCGACCCAGAACCAUUCAACUCCAUCUGCUUCCUCGCUGGCUCCCCCAGUGCUGAGAGUGUAGCGGGGAGCUUCUAUGAAGAAAGCUCUGUCAUGACCAAGGAAGACGGUGCAGACUUCCAGGUGGACUUGAGUCCCUCCUUCGCCGCCCAGCAGGCCCCUUUUCAGCACACCUGGAGCCACAACCCAUGGGAGGUAGAGGAGAGCAAUGAGCUGAAGUUUGUAGGCUGGAAUAGAGGAGGAGAGGAGUGGACGGGCAGCGCACCCCUGCACCAGGAGUCCUGUGGCUCCCCCAGAAACUACGCGCCAGAAAAUCAAUUUCCGAUGGGCCUCUCAUCCUCAUUCAGCUACAGCACCAACACACAGAGACCAGCGUACUCCGACAACCAGAUGUACUCGUUCUCUACAGUAGGGUACAGUGACCGGCUGCACUACCCUGAUGUCAGCCACUACCCCAGCCUGGCCUCGCCUAGAGGAGCUCUGGCAUGGGGGGGCAGUAGCAGUGGCAGACCCUACAGCACUGCCCUGGGGAGGGGAGACAUGAGUGUGUCACCUGACUAUGGGACCAGUUACAGAACGGGGAUGGAGAGGAAGAGGAGAGCAGAAGGCCCAGAGAUGGCUGGCACAGUUUUAACGCCAUUGAAGAGGGGAAAGCUCAGUUAUGAGAAGGUGCCAGGCCGUAGUGAUGGACAGACAAGACUAAGGUUUUUCUAAAAUGUCUCAUAUUUAUGAAGUGGCAAAAUAGUAAGAAUGACCUGAAUGAACAGAAAACUCUUAAAACUUACAAGGAUAGAAUCCUGUCAGUCCCUUGCCCUGUCUACAACUAGUGAUAUUCAGUAUGUAAGAAAUACAGGUACAGUGCCUUUCAGAAAGUAUUCAUAACCCUUGACUUAUUCCACAUUUUGUUGUGUUACAGCCUGAAUUCAAAAUGGAUUACUUUUAUUUUGUUUGUCACCCAUCUAUACACAAUACCAGAUAAUGACAAAA